AUGGCGAUCAAGCACAACCAGAAGAUUGUCAACAACCACUUCCGCAAGGACUGGCAGAGACGGGUUCGCACCCACUUCGACCAGCCCGGAAAGAAGGUCUCCCGCCGCACUGCUCGUCAGGCCAAGGCCGCUGCUCUGGCUCCUCGCCCCGUCGACAAGUUGCGCCCCAUUGUGCGAUGCCCUACUAUUAAGUACAACCGCAAGGUCCGCGCCGGCCGGGGUUUCACCCUGACCGAGCUCAAGGAGGCUGGCAUCGCCCGACCUCUGGCCCGCACCGUCGGUAUUUCCGUCGACCACCGCCGCCAGAACCUCUCCGAGGAGAGCCUGGCCAUCAACGUGGCCCGCCUCAAGGCCUACAAGGAGCGCUUGAUCUUGCUUCCCCGCAAGUCCAACGCCCCCAAGAAGGGUGACACCAAGACCGACCUGUCCAAGGUCAACAAGGCCGCCACCAUUUCCUCCGUCCUGCCCAUCGCCCCCACCGACCUCGCCGUUAAGGAGAUCAAGAAGAGUGAGAUGCCCAAAGCCGUCGAGGGCGGUGCCUACACUACUCUGCGUAUGGCCCGAAGCAACAAGCGAUACCAGGGUGCUCGUGAGAAGCGUGCUAGGGAGAAGGCUGAGGCUGAGACUGCUAAGAAAUAA